AUGAUGUCUCCUGAUUUCCCGCCGCCCUCGCCGCCGCCUCCGCCGCCGGACCCGGCGACUCCUGGCUGGUACUACCCGCUGAUAUUGCUGCUUGUCUGCUCUUCGGCGAUGUUCUCGGGUCUGACGCUCGGGCUCAUGUCCCUGGAUGAGUCGCAGCUGCUGCUCAUCGUCGCCGGCGACGACCCGCGAGCGCGCAUGCACGCCGAGCGGAUCCUGCCCAUCCGGCGGCGCGGGAACCUGCUGCUCUGCACGCUGCUGCUGGGGAACACGCUGGGCAACUCGAUGCUCGCCAUCCUGAUGGCCGACGUCUCGUGGCUCUCCGGCGUGGGCGGCGUCGUCGGCUCCACCGCCGCGUACUGCAGCCGGCACGGGCUCGCGGUCGGGGCGCACGCGUCCGAGCUCGUCAAGCUCGUCAUCCUGCUGCUCGGCAUCGCCGCCUGGCCCAUGUCCAAGCUACUCGACUGCGUCCUCGGCGCAGAGCUCGGCGUGCAGUACUCUCGCCGCGAGCUCAAGCAGCUCUUCACGAUGCAGGAGGGCGCAGGGCGGAGCAGCAGCGGCGCAGGCGGAGGAGCAGGCCUCCACGGCGCCAACCACGCCGAGCGCGCCCGGCGUCGGUUCUCCGCAGGGCGGCGGGAGGGAGGAGCCCAGCAGUCGACCGUCUCGCAGCUCUCGGCGGGGCACGGCGCCAUCCACACGAAUGAGUUGUCGUGGCUCUGCGGCGCCCUCUCCCUGUCGGAGCGGACCGCCGACCAAAUCAUGACGCCGAUGCAGCACGUCUUCCGCAUACACGAAGACGACGUGCUCGACUUUCGGCUGAUGCGCCGCAUCGCAGACUCGGGACACUCGCGCAUCCCCGUCAUGCGGGCACCAGCCACCGCGCCGCCCGCCGCUGAGUUGGACGCGCACGCCGCCGAGUUGGACGCGCACGCCGCGCCCGCCGCCGCGCCCGCGCAGCCUUCCUUGGGCGCGGGAUCAGACGCAGAGGGCGGCGCCGAGGGCGGCGCAAAGGGCGGCGAAGAAGCCUCUGAUUGCGGGGCGGGCGCGGCGGCGGGCGCGUGGCCGAGCACAGCGAGGAGCGACGAGUUGGUCGGCCUCUUGCGCGGCCAGUCGCACCUCGCGAUGGUCCAGCGCGUCAACGACGCGGACGAGUCCCGCGACCCCUUCUACGAGAUCGUCGGCAUCGUCACGCUGGAGGACGUGCUCGAGGAGCUGAUCGGCGCCGAGAUCGUCGACGAGAGCGACGUGUACACCGACAACGUGACGCGGGCGCUCGUCGAGCCGCGGCGCGAGGAGGUGCGGCGGCGCGGCGCGUGGCAGGACAUGCUCGACCCGACCCACCUUCGCGUCGCGAGGCUCACCGACAGCGAGAUCGAGGCGGUCUCUCUCUUCCUCGCCGCCUCCGUGCCGCUGCUCGCCGCCCUGCCGCCGCACCACCUGCACGCGAUGCUGCGCGCCUCCUCCGUCCUCAUCCUCGAGCCCGAGGGGCCGCCGCUCUACGAACGGGGAGAGCCUUGCGCCGGCUGCACGGUCGUGCUGCAGGGCCGGCUCAGCACGCGCGUGGCUUGCGGCUCUGAGACCUUCGAGGGGGAGCGAGGGCCGUGGUCGAUCCUGGGCGCGCAGGCGCUGGCGCAGGAGGUCUACGUCGCCGACUUCGCAGUCGACGUGCUCGAGCCGACUCGCGUGCUGCAGCUCGCGCGAGAGACGUACGAGGUCGUCUGCAAGGCGGCGAGGCAGGAGGCCGAGGCAACGCACUCUCUGGCGCGGGCGGCGGCGCCGCCGUCGCCCUCCGCAGCCGCUGCGACGGCGUGGGUCGACGAGGCGGCGGCGGGGCGGGACGCGGGGCAGGACGCGGGGCAGGACGCGGGCGGGCGGAGCGCCUUGACUCCCUCGGCGGGCGGCCCUUCGCUGCAGCCAAACCCGUUCUUCUCUGGCUCGAGCAGCAGCGAGCUCGCCCGACCUCCGGCUGGCGGCAUCGCGAUUGAGAUGAUGGGCGCGCUUCCGCCGGCGAGCGAGGACGCCGCAGUGUGA